AUGGAGCUCCCUCGGGACAGUAUCCCCGUGGUCUUCCUUGCCGUUUCGGCCGCCUCGCUGUACGCGCGCGCAGCGUCCUCGCGCUUCCGCCCAGGCCUCCCCCGUCUCGCCGCUCUGCUCCCGGUGGUGGCGUUCCUCGCCGCGGUCCCCCUGGCGUUCACCCCUUCCGCUGUAAUGCGGGGCGUGGCGGGCUUCUUCUUCGCGUGGCUCGGCGCGUUCAAGGUCUUCCUCCUCGCCGUCGGCCGCGGUCCGCUCGAUCCCUCUCUCCCAGUCCUCCCUUUCCUCUUCACCGCUGCGCUCCCCAUCAAACUCAGGCACGGCGGUGCCGGCCGUCCGGACGCCGCGGGACCAGCGUCGACGUCAAGGGCCAGAGCGCUGUCCAUCGUAUCCUGCUCGGUGAAGGUCGCUGUCAUAGCUGCCCUUCUCCGUGUCUACCAUUUCAAGGACCAGCUGAAUUUCUACGCUCGCCUCGCGCUAUACGGCAUCCACAUGUAUUGCUUCGCCGACCUCCUCCUCCCCUGCAUUGCGGCCGCCGGCGGGGUGCUCGGUAUGGAUCUGGAGCCACAGUUCGACCGGCCGUACCUGGCGUCGUCGCUGCGCGACUUCUGGAGCCGGCGGUGGAACCUGAUGGUGCCCGCCAUCCUCCGGCCGUCGGUCUACGACCCCGUGCGCGCGCGCACCGGGAGGGCGGCCGGCGUCAUGGCCGCGUUCCUCGUGUCCGGGCUCAUGCACGAGGUCCUUGUGUACUACAUCACCCUGCGUUCACCCACGGGGGAGAUGACAGCGUUCUUCCUGCUCCAUGGGGCGUCCUGCGUGGCCGAGGAGUGGUGUGUGCGGCGGUCGGUGUCCACGGGUUGGCCGACGGCACCGCGCCCCGUGGCCACGGUGCUCGUGGGCGUGUUCGUGGCUGGCACGGCGUUUUGGCUGUUCUUCCCGCCGAUCUGCAGAGACGGAGGGGAGGAGGCGCUGCUGGAUGAGUGGGCAGCGGUGGCAGCGUUCUUCGUCGGCGCCGGGCAAAAGAUGUUCUCCGGUCUCCAUGAUGUUUGA